GCUCAUGUGGAAGGUCCAUUUAUAUCACCAGAAAAGAAAGGCUGUCAUCCACAAAACCAUAUAAGGACAUUUGGCAAUGAUCCGGUGAAAUCGCUUGAGGAGGUUUAUGGAAGUCUGGAGAACAUUGCAACGGUGACGAUAGCACCAGAAUUGGAAGGAAGCGAAGAUGCUAUUAGAUUUUUAGCUGGCAGUGGGAAACUCGUGUCGCUGGGCCAUUCCGCAGCAGGGCUUGUAGCUGGCGAAAGAGGGUUUGCUGCCGGCGCUAAGACUAUAACUCACUUAUUCAAUGCAAUGAAAUCGUAUCAUCAUCGAGACCCGUGUCUGAUUGGCCUGCUUACAUCGAAGAUGCUGGGAAAUCGCACGGUGUACUACGGAAUCAUCUCUGAUGGUAUUCAUACACAUGACUCAGCACUAAGACUAGCUCACCGGACAAAUCCGGAAGGAUUGAUUGUGAUAACGGACGCUAUAGCUGCCUUGGGAAUGGGUGAUGGUGUCCACAGAUUGGGCGAUUGUGUUAUAAAUGUUAAUGGUUUGCAUGCAAUCUUGGAAGGAACGAACACAACUGCAGGAAGUGUCGCCUCAAUGCCAUACUGUGUAGGACAUCUGGCAAAAGCAGCAAGAUGCCCGCUGGAAGAAGCUUUGAUGUGCGCCACAGAUAAACCAGCAACUUUGAUGGGUAUUCGAGAUCGUAAAGGUGCCUUAAGAGUGGGAAUGGAUGCAGAUUUGGUGCUGAUCACUGAAGAUGUUGAUGUGCUAGCGACU